UCUUGCUCUAAGCAGGGUGUUUGACCUUCUAGUCGACUGUGUCCUCUGUGCCCCGGCGCCAGCUGUGUUCCUGACCCCAGAAUAAAUCAGGGCUGCACGGGGCCUGGCAGCGCUCCGCACACAUUUCCUGUCGCGGCCUAAGGGAAGCUGUUGGCCGCUGGGCCCGUGGGGGGAUUCUUGGCAGCUGGGGGGUCCGUCGGGAGCGAGGGCGGAGGGGAAGGGAGGGGGAAUCGGGUUGGGGAAGCCAGCUGUAGAGGGCGGUGACCGCGCUCCAGAGACUGCUCCGCGUCCUCGAGCGGGACAGAUCCAAGUUGGGAGCAGCUCUGCGUGCGGGGCCUCAGAGAAUGAGGCCAGCGUUCGCCCUGUGCCUCCUCUGGCAGGCGCUCUGGCUCGGGCGGGGCGGCGGCGAACACCCCACUGCUGACCGUGCUGGCUGCUCGGCCUCCGGGGCCUGCUACAGCCUGCACCACGCUACCAUGAAGCGACAGGCGGCCGAGGAGGCCUGCAACCUGCGAGGUGGGGCGCUCAGCACCGUGCGUGGGGGCGCCGAGCUGCGAGCUGUUCUCGCGCUCCUGCGGGCAGGCCCAGGGCCUGGAGGGGGCUCCAAAGACCUGCUGUUCUGGGUCGCACUGGAGCGCGGGCGUUCCCACUGCACCCUGGAGAACGAGCCUUUGCGGGGUUUCUCCUGGCUUUCCUCCGACGCCGGCGGGUUCGAAAGCGACACGCUGCAGUGGGUGGAGGAGCCCCAACGCUCCUGCACCGCGCGGAGAUGCGCGGUACUCCAGGCCACCGGUGGGGUCGAACCCGCAGGCUGGAAGGAGAUGCGAUGCCACCUGCGCGCCAACGGCUACCUGUGCAAGUACCAGUUUGAGGUCUUGUGUCCUGCGCCGCGCCCCGGGGCCGCCUCUAACUUGAGCUAUCGCGCGCCCUUCCAGCUGUACAGCGCCGCUCUGGACUUCAGUCCACCUGGGACCAAGGUGAGUGCGCUCUGCGGGGGACAGCUUUCGAUCUCAGUUACUUGCAUCGCGGACGAAAUCGGCGCUCGCUGGGACAAACUAUCCUCAGGGGAUGUGUUGUGUCCCUGCCCCGGGAGGUACCUCCGUGCUGGCAAGUGCGCAGAGCUUCCUAACUGCCUAGACGACUUGGGAGGCUUUGCAUGCGAAUGUGCUACCGGCUUCGAGCUGGGGAAGGACGGCCGCUCUUGCGUGACCAGUGGGGAAGGACAGCCGACCCUUGGGGGAACCAGGGUGUCCACUAGGCUCCCGCCGGCCACUGCAACCACCCCCGUGCAGCAGAGAACGUGGUCAAUCAGCGUCGACGAGAAGCCGGGAGAGAUACCACUUGUCCCUGAACAAGACAAUUCAGUAACAUCUAUUCCUGAGAUUCCGCGGUGGGGAUCACAGAGCACGAUGUCUACCCUUCAAAUGUCCCUUCAAGCCGAGUCAAAGGCCACCAUCACCCCAUCAGGCGUGAUUUCGAAGUUUAAUUCUACGACUUCCUCUGCCACUCCUCAGGUUUUUGACACCUCCUCCGCCGUGGUCUUCAUAUUUGUGAGCACAGCAGUAGUACUGUUGGUGAUCUUGACCAUGACAGUGCUGGGGCUUGUCAAGCUCUGCUUUCACAAGAGCCCCUCUUCCCAGCCAAGGAAGGAGUCUAUGGGCCCGCCGGGCCUGGAGGGUGAUCCUGAGCCCGCUGCUUUGGGCUCCAGUUCUGCACAUUGCACAAACAAUGGGGUGAAGGUCGGGGACUGUGGUCUGCGGGACAGAGCAGAGGGUGCCUUGCUGGCGGAGUCCUCUCUUGGCUCUGGUGAUGCGUAGGGCAACAGGGGACAUGGGAACUCAUGUGAACAGUUUUUCACUUUUGAUGAAACAGGGAACCAAGAGGAACUUACUUGUGUGACUGACGAUUUCUGAAGAAAUCCCCCUUCCUCUAAAUUCCCUCUAAUCCACCGAGGAGCUAAAUCAGAACUCACACUCCUUCCCUGAAGAUAGAGGAAGUGGAAGUGCCUUUAGGAUGGUGAUAUUGGGGGACCAGGUAGUGCUGGGGAGAGAUAUUUUCUUAUGUUUAUUCUGGAGGAUUUGGAGAAGUGAUUGAACUUUUCAAGACAUUGGAAACAAAUAGAACACAAUAUAAUUUACAUUAAAGAAUAAUUUCUACCAAAAUGGAAAGGAAAUCUUCUAUGUUGUUCAGGCUGGGAGUAUAUUGGUUUGAAAUCCCAGGGGAAAAAAAUAAAAAUAAAAAAAAAAUAAGGAUUGUCGAUAA